AGACAUCGCUCGGGAGCGGGAGGCCGACCGCAUUCAACGAGUGCUCGACGGUGUACAAGUAGAAUUAUGUUACGAGCCUUCUUCCGUGGGCAAUGCGGGAAAAAGAUUCUUACUCGACUCUUCUCUUCAGACUAGGAAAAGAGAGAUAUACCGUCAGUAGAUGCAACAUCAUCCAGACACCGACAGGGGCAUGGAACGUACUCCCAGAGCACCGAAGCCAAGGCUGGUAUAUUUUGAGGGUCAAUGUCUGCUUCCCACUCGCCGUCGACGCUCUCGGUACCUUCCAUGUCGAGGAGAUCGCUUGCUCCUGAAUCCUCGCGCCGCCGGUCCACAGUGCCGGGGGUAGUGUGAGACUCACGACCUUUUGUGCUGGGAGGUGUCUGCGAAGUGUGCUUUGCCUUGAUCAGCUCCCGGCGAAGCGCGUCCAACCGCGAGACAGGGCUUGUCGGUUCUCCUGGGUUUAAAGUGCUGAUAGUAGCCAUGAGUAUUGAAUCGUGACCGACCGAACCUGAGACAGAAGAUUGUACUGGCGUAACAUCCGAUGGAGGUGCUCCUAUGCCCGAGCUUUAUAGGGCCAGAUCCCAGCGGGUGAAAAGUGCUGGGCACUCUUCCGAAAGAACAGACUCUAAAUGGAUAACGCUUUCUGGGUCUUAUUGGAUGUCUUCGUUCUUUGCUCUACUUAUCAAGCAGCCGGCGCUUCAUCUCCUAGAGGAUUGGCUCGCUUAAUAUCGUCGAACUUCGGGUGCCACGUGGUACUUUGGUUGAACACGAAGAAGUACUCAUUCCAUAGAAUAUUCUCUUGUCGAAGAUCCUGAUGGCGGACACCUAAAGAAUGUAUCCCCUUUAGCGACCGUUUAAUCGCAGGAAGGACAGACUUCUUGGGCUUCAAAUGGCUCAAAUCGUCACCACCCCAACCCAUAAGGAGCAUGUGGCGUAUAUCUCCAGCGCCAUGCAGGAAGUAGACAUUGGCCAGGUCGAUCGCUCCUAAAAAAAACUGGAAUUGCCGACCCUUGUGCGCGCUGAAGAAUCCGGUAAAUAUCCGCCCCGCGUGACACGUUGGGUGGUCCAUCUGUGCGAGUGGGCGAGCGCCCCAGCUGGGUUUUCAGGCUUUCAAGGCCCGUUAUCUGUUACAUCAAGGCGGCUCGUUCAUUCUCCACGCAUUGCCUUGUUUGCUGCAAAUCACAUGCACGGGCCUAAAGACUGAUUACUAAAAAUAAUCUCCUGAAAGAACCGCUCUGACCUUGUUCGAUCACGAAUUAUUGGAACUAGUCAUCUCAUUUGCUCCGCCAAGCAGCGACCAGCGAUCAGCGGGCCUGCCGUUUGGCACGGCCUGAUGUGAAGCAGGAAUGUUUGUAAAAAGUCCUGCCGGAGAGUCAGUUCCUCGGUUACUAUCAUGACUUAGAUGUUCUCGUUGACUUUAUUGUUUCCACCGCCAGACCUCGUUUGGGGCCCGAUCCUGUUAUACAUCUUCUCAUGCCCACAAUUAGCCAACUUGCUAUUACCGAGUCACUUACCUUCCCGGAGGAGAUCGGUCCAUUCGCAUUCAUGGGCAACUUGGCGAGAGUGGGCUUCCCAUGGUCUAUCUCUGUACGCCCCUUGACCGCGACCACCAAAACCUCAAGAAUAUCGGCUUGCUCCGGCCCCGGCAGCGCUGGAUUCUCCACCAGCGAAUUGGGUUAUGUCUACCCGCCAUUAGGGAGUGGCUGUCAAUGAAAUUGAAUGGCGUCACUGCGUUAGGGCUAUGAUUUUGUUUUCUUCUGGGGGCCUAGAUGCAACGAGCCUUUGGCCAUCACGCGGGAAUCUGGCGACACAUACUCACAAGAUAUUGUACCGAGGCUGGAUCAGAAGUCAAUAGAGAAACCGUCCGAGGUUUCGCCGGAGUCUCCACCCCCCCGCCUUGCGUCCUCCUCUUCGCGCCGGUCGGGCCGCCAACCCCAGACUUGGCGAGCGUCCGGCCCGAAUCCGACCUCGUUCGAGACUUCGACUUCACUUCUCUCGAUACAAAUGUCUCCCCUCUCUCAUCGGAUCAUCUGCUUCGUAUCUCUCCUCAAAACCCCGUCGCAUAUGAGCACAACAAAAUGACUCCUCCAGCCCCCGAGUCUAAGCGCGAGGUUACAACGGUGGAGGACAAUACCCUGAAGACCCAUGUCGAAGACAUUGGCUACCUAGUCAACCAGGAGCUGCACGAGGAGACAGUGCGGCAGGCGUUUACGCGCUACCCCAAGCGGACCUUCUGGAUCAUCUACACGGUCUGGGUUUUGGUCAUCAGUGGGUUCGACAGCACUGCCAGCUCCGCCGUUAUUGGCAUCCCCCGCUUCCGCAUGGACUACGGUUCCGAGUACAGGGGCAACUACGUCCUCCCGGCCCAGUGGCAGGCCGCCUUUUCUGGUGGCCCCGCCGCUGGUGGUGUCCUUUCCGCCGUGGGCGCUUCGUUGCUGUCUGAUCGUAUUGGCCGCAAAUACAUCUUUCUCAUCGGCUUGAUCUUUAUCUUCGUUGGCAUCACCCUCGAAACAGUCAGCAAUGGCUCGUGUGCCGUAUUCUUCGGCGGCAAGUUCCUAGCUGGAAUGGCCACCGGAUGCUUCGUCACCACCAGCAUGACAUAUGUGGCCGAAUUUUCCCCAGUCGCCAUCCGUGGCAUCGUCUCUGCCGCUGCUCCCAUUUCGGGCAGCGCAAGCCAGCUCGUCGUCGCUUUAAUCCAGAAUGGCUAUGGGGAUCUGCCAAAUUCCUGGGCCUACAAAUCACUUUUCAUGUCUCAAUAUGCUGUCACCUUCACGGCUCUGAUCUUCUGGCCGUUUUUGCCCGAAUCGCCAUGGUAUCUUGUCCGCCGCGGCAAGGAGGACCAGGCAGCCAAGACGUAUCGUAGCUUCGGCCUACCGGAGACGGAGAUUGAAAAGGCCAUUGCUAAUAUCAAAUUGACCGAGGAGAGGAACAAGGCUGAGACGGAAGGAGUCAGCUACGCCGAGUGCUUCCGCAAAUCCAACCUCCGCCGCACGAUCCUGGCCAUUGGGCCCUUUACCAUUCAGGCCUUUUGUGGUGUCCUAUUCAUUGUCGGCUACAUGGUCUACUACAUCCAGCUCGCCGGGUACAGCACUGCGAUGAGCUACCGACUCAACAUCACCGCCCAGGUCAUCGCCUGCACGGGUAACUUUUGCUCUUGGUUUCUGAUUGACCGUGUCGGCCGCCGUAACCUCAUGCUUUGUGGCUUGGGACUCCUGUGCGUCAUGCUCUGGAUCACCGGCGGGCUCGCAGUGGCCGCCACCCCGGGGACUGUCAAAGGCACGGUCGCCCUGAUUCUUCUCUAUUCAGGUGUUUACAAUGCCACCAUCGGUGCUGCCUCGUACACGAUGCUGGCCGAAAUUGCCACCCCACGUCUGAGGAGCAAAACGGUCUCGAUUGCGGUUGUUUCACAAAGCUCGUGGGAUAUCAUGUGGGCUUUCGUCAUGCCGUAUAUUUUCAACCCCGACAAGGGCAAUCUGCAGGCAAAGACUACCUUUAUCUUUGGCGGAUUCGCCAUCAUCUGCUGGACCUAUCUCUACAUCUGUCAUCCUGAAACCAAGGGCCGCAGCUACCAGGAGUUGGAUGAGAUGUUCACCAAGGCCGUUUCCGCCAAGCAGUUCCGCAACUAUGUUACUGAGACCGAGAAGAGGGGGGCAGAGGCGAAGCGACAAGCCGAUGAGUCCAACCUGACUGUUUAGGCCGGGCCUCCUUGCUGUACGGACGGAUAUGUUCACUCGGGUUGCCACUUGGUGCUGAAUGUGAGAGAAGGUAGUAGCGCGUUGGGGUACGGGGUUGACACUGACAAAGGUUGGUAUGAGUCCAUUUUAUGCUAGAUAGUUGCCAAUCAUAAAGGUUAUGGUUUAUAAGAUAAUUAGCCCC